ACAGCGCUGGCGGAAAACGGCAUUGCAGGUAAAUCGGGACGCGUUUGUCAACACCAUUUUCCCCCCUUGCUUUCAUUAACAUGUGCGAGAAAUGAAGCGGAGUCUGUGAGAGACAGGAACAUUUCUUCUUUUUAUUUUCCUGGGGAGAAAAAAAAAACACGAUCGCGGGCUGAGAAAAAAAGCAGAAAAAACCCUUCGCUUCGGCCAGAAGAAGCUCCCGUUGUGUCCCCGCUUUGUGGGAAGCACGCUUUUCUUCUCCGAGGAACUUCGAAAGCUGGGGAUUUUUUUUUUCUUCUUCUUCUUUGAUAUCCCGAAACCUCGAACAAAAGGAUGAAAUCUGUCAAAAGAGUGUUUGAAGAGGAGCACAGUGGAGAGACUGAGUUUUCUGCCAUGUCAGACAGUGAUCCCUGUGACGAUGAAGCUUACCCACUCAAUCUUUCCACCGGUGCUCGCGGAGCUUCCGCUAAGCGUCGCCGCCGGGGGAACCUGCCUAAAGAGUCUGUUCAGAUUCUGAGGAGCUGGUUAUAUGAGCAUCGUUUUAAUGCCUAUCCCUCUGAGCAAGAGAAACUCAGUCUGUCAGGACAGACUAAUCUCUCCAUCUCACAGAUCUGUAACUGGUUUAUCAAUGCAAGGCGACGGCUGCUCCCAGACCUGCUUAGGAAGGACGGAAAGGACCCGACUCAGUUCACAAUCUCUCGCCGCGCCAGCAAAUCAGACAGCCGGUCUGUUGGUUCCGCCUCCCCAGACCACUCUACCCCCCCACAGGUUCCAGCUUCUCGCCCCUCUGUCAUCCGCCCUGCCCCCACACUGGACCUGAGCAUGCUAGGUAAUACAGCGACUGCAAUUUUGACCGGGGCUGGCUGCUUAGCGGGAUCAGGGUUAACAGGCAGAGACUCUGGUGUCCAGACCCUCAUGCAGCUGGACACUCGUGGCCUGAUCAAGAAAGAGUGCGCGAAUGGACCUCCUGGUAUAACUACCAUUCCAAGCUCAUCUUCUUCUAGCAGCCUGAGCCUGGGAACGAUGAGUCCUACUGUGGUGCUGUUCAACACACCGCCGCCUACACCCCCAGAGCUCUGCCCACAUGACUUCAGCGACCUCAAGCUACUCGUAGACGCAGCUCUACAGAGAGCAGCAGAGCAGGAGAACCAGAGACAAAAGGAAAAGCCUUCAGCUCGAGUGCCCUGUUCUGUUCUUACUUCUGCUUCAGCAACAAAAGCUCCAAGUAGAAACGCAGAGCAGGGAAAGAGCCGUGAGAGCCUGAACUCCAGCAACAAAUCUGACUCUUCUCCAAGGCUGCAGGGGAAGUCGGUGCUCCCAGUCUCUGUGCCUGUGUUAAACGCCUCCGCUUCCACUCUUCCUGCCGGCGAAGCGGCCGUCAGCUUGCCCGUGGUUCCACACAGAGUUGCUGGCGCAGUGAAUUUCCAGCCAAAUGGUGUUUGGAGUGUGGUCAGACCAGCUAGCCCACCCCCAACCAGCGUCACACACACCUGGAGCUCGCAGCACACACUCCAUGCCGUCAGAGAAGCAGUCAACUGAGAAUAUCAAAAAUAACGUGUUUGCAUUUAUGAAGGACAGAGAAACGACCGAGAAAAGGACAUUCCACAUAACAAAAGACGUGAAUGCAACACUCCUACGCUCUGGCUUCUUAUUCGGCUGGGUUGUCCGUGACUCUUAUUUACAGACGAGUGAAUAGUCAUCCGGCUGCGAUGCCACCGUCACCUUGACGAUUUUCGGUUGUCAUGGAUGUGAUCUGACGGUUGCCAGACGACCAGCUAGAAAUGGAAACAUUUUCACCUGAUGGUUCAAAUAUCCCGGUUGUAGGUCAUACACUAAGUUUACCUUUUAUUGACACGAAGGAUGUGUUUUAAAGGCAAGCCUUUUGAAACUUUUAACAGACAGAUUUCACUACAUGAGAUUUAUUUACGGUCCUUCUUAACAUUUCAGCACAACAGCGAUUGAGGAACAUAAUACGGCGUGGCUCGAACAGGAACUAAAUCUUGUGGGUUUCAAAUCCUAAACAGGGCAUUUUUGUUUUUUUGUUUUUUCUUCUUUCAGAUACUCCGCAAACAGCGAACUUGCCACACAAACCUCGGCAGAACUGUGCUAUUUCUCAGUGUUAUGUAUCUAACUGAUAGGCGAGACAUUUAUGGUUUAUUUGCUUUUAGGACUGCCCUUAGAAGUUACACAAGUGGCCUUGCUCAGUUUUUUUUUUUUUUUUCUUUUUCCCCUUUGAUAUUGGUUAAAGUAGUAGGCGAUGUGGCAGAGACAUCAUAUCACAAUACUUGAUGUUUACACUAUACAUGAUUUGGAUUUUUCUGAAGUCCGAGACACAGUACACUAGUGAAACAGCACCCCCACAGUACUCACCGAAGCGUGUAUUGUGAUAUGAUGUAGCAUAAGAUCUGUUAGAUAUAUUAUAUGCCUAUAUACUCCUCCAAGGUCCAAGCCUAGGCCUAGAUAAGUAGACUAUUAUGUAGCAUGGCUAACUCGUUUUUUGUAUAUGACUCUUGAAUGCUCGUUGUGAACCAGCAUGCUACGUUGGAUGAAUCGCUGGCGGGUUCGAUAUCGGUGUACAAACAGGGACUUGGACUUAAUCCUGCUGAGUCUCGGAGCUACACUUAAGCUCGGAAACCCCUGGCAUGCUGCAGCCUUGUUUGUUUGUUUGAUACCUCAUUCCAGUGGCUUGAAACCACUGCAAAUGGGACCACGACUUCCAAAUAUCAUCUUUCUUUUCUGUGUUUGUGUGGUCACUCAUACAUUCUGCACUUUAUUUCUAAGUCUCUAUGUUGCCAGUACUUCAAAACUUUAACAGAAGCCUUUUUUUUUUCUUCUCCAUAUUAAAUUGCUCAAGUUAUUAUAAUUUUUUUUUUUUUUUUUUUUGCCUUCUCAAGCACAGUGUCAGUGUGUUAAGGUCUAAGGACGAGGGAGAGGAGACAGACGGUUGGGGAAAUUGAUUGCACUGCAGAGCGCAUAGCUCAGUCUGAGCAUUCCUCUGCAGUGACCUAGCGUGAGACAGCAGCAGAGCCGCCAUUGAUUUCCUGAGAGACACUCCUUUCCCAACCCAGACGAGCUUUAACUCGGAGCAUUUACAGUGCUUGAUGGGCUCAAAGUGUCAAGUAUUUCCACGAGAUGUCAUGAACUCAUUUGUGUGUGCGCGUGCAUGGGUGUGUGUCGGAGCCCGGCAGAUGGUGCGAGAACGGGCAGGAUUAAGGUAUAUAUUACAUGGAUCAAUGUGGUGAAAGCGGAGAGCAGACACUAUCAGUUUUUAUGUUUCAGAUUCGCCAGGAGUUUUUCAUAUCCUUAUCAGCUCUUGCUAUUAGCGUGUUGUUUAGAUGGACAUUUUGUUUCAUGAGCCGGCGGAAGUCAUUUCUUUUCUGCAAAGCACCUUUCACAACACUAGUAUGAAAAGGGUGCACAGCUGCGUUCGCGAUGGCGACGAUGUCAAGUAUAAUAGCUUUGUUGACAUGGUAUCAGUUACAAAGCAGGACCGUGUGACCAUGAAUGUGAAAGAUCGCUGUAUUGGGGUGCUGGUGUUUCUUAUAGUUUAAGCUUUGGAGCAUUUUUCUUUUGAAGGGGUAAUUUUUAUCAUGUUAGGUUUUAUUUUUAUUUUAUUCAAUGUCGCAUCAUUAUAUGUUCGGGUCCAAGUUACUUUUCAUGCCCUGGUUCCACAAAACGGUCAUUUACCAUUUCUUUUUUCCCCCCCCAUGUUUUAAACGGUGUAGCUUUGUGCCUGGAUGAGUUAUAGUCACUGUAUUCAAUGCACAUGAUCCUACUUUACCUCCAGUGGAGCCAUUUGUCUUGCUCCCCCCCGCGUGCCCUCCCUCCGCCAUCAGCUGUUUUAUGUCCGCUAACUUAUGUAUUUGUGAAAUUGCUGACAUUUCCGCAAGCGUGACGAAUGAACGCGUCUUGGCCUUGUUGUUUUCUGGUCACGGUUCUGUUUGAGGAAGGUGGCCUCCAAUCCGGUCUCCGGGACUUGUUUUGGAGGUCAGGCCGUGUUUUUCCUGUAGUAUUGUUACAAUUUCGAUGUAUUUUUAUUUCUUCUAUUAUUAUCUGCAUUGCGUUCGGUCUCAGGUUAAGUCAGUCGUUCCUCUUUUUUAGCAUAGAUUUUAGCCGCUGGGGAGAAAACCGAGAGUGUUAGAGAACAGUAAUGUGCUUUAGACCAGUGUUUGAGAUGUUUGUACAUAGCCCAGGUUAGGCUUUCUGUACAUGACAAAUUGGCAUAAUAAGAUCUAACUGUAAAAACUGGUGUACCACUACAUGAAACAAACCACUGUGAGCUUUCCGUUAGUUUCUGGGUUCCUGGAACAUCAAUGGGUACUGGAUGUAUACGUAUAUUUUUCAGAGAUGCUCUAUUUUUUCACUUCUGUAGACUGAUUGUUGAUAUUCUAGAUACCAUGUCUAUUUAGUUGAGAAGGGGUCUUGUAGAUAUAAAGCGCAUGUCUAUCGGGUCUUGGAUUUUUGUUUUGUUUUUAUGUAUAUUAAAAGUGUAGCGCUCUGCCUCUCUCUCUCUCUCUCUCUCUCUCUCUCUCUCUCUCUCUCUCUCAUAUAUAUAUAUGACCAAAUACUUUAAGAUGGAUAUGAAAUAGUAUUUGUUUUCUACAUUUCCUAUCAGUGUAUCAAGUAAAAAAAGAAAAAGUAUGGACAGUGAAAUUUGGCAUUUGUGCCUUACCCAGAACAAGAGAAUCUUCCCAGCUUUUCUAGAGAUCUUUGGACUAGUCUGUGCAAUAUCUGCCUUAAACUUGUGAUGUGUCCUUCUUCUUUUUGUACAUUGCAGAGAAAUAAAGUUCAAUUUUUCAUAUA